ACACACACCUGCACGAAGGGAACACACGGGUGCGUUCAGGUGUGCUACUGUAGUUAAUUAGGCGUGUUCCUUCUACGACAGGUGUGGGACUGGUGUGGGACAGGUGUGUUCGUGUGUUGGUGUCUCUUGCGUGUUUGUGUAUCGUUAUCAUGCCCGCGGCCUCUGUUUCUGGCCCCCCCACCCACGCCCAUGUACUUCCACACCUUCUGGGCCAGGCUUCCCCCCUCCCCACCUCAGCCUCCCACUGUAAUGAUGAAGGAAAGGGUCCGGAAGAUGGCGUCGGCAGGCCCCGGCAGGUCCAUCAGGGUGCUGGAGAGGGAUGGCUUCUUCGAUGACGCCUUCUUCAGGGAGGCGUGGGACGACUUCGACAGGGCCAUGCAGUCUGUGUUGGACCGCUUCGAUUCAACGGGACUCAAGGUGGACGUGGACUCUCGCUCCCACUGCCGCGAUGUGUACUCCAAGAUACGCAGCAGCAAGAUUGACGAGGACCUGUACGCCUCCCAGGCCCUUCAGAUCACCGAGAAGGAUGGCAAGUUCCAGGUGGUGAUGGAUGUGAAAGACUUUAAUCCACGUGAGCUGCAGGUGAGAGCAGUGGAUGACAGGAUUGUGGUGGAAGGGUCCUAUCAGAAGACGUCAGAUGAUGGGGCGUCCUCCUCUUGCAAGUCUUUCUACAAGGAAUUCAACCUUCCCCCUGCGGCUGACAUUGACCAGGUCUCCACGGCGCUCUCCAAGGACGGGGUGCUCACCAUCAAGGCGCCCAAGAAGGAUGGCGCAGCAAUCACAGACACCCCACAGCGAGCCGCUAACACCAGCACCUCCUCCUCCUCCUCCACCAUGCACCAGCAAUUCAGCGAUAACUCCUCCGCCACCACCUCCAUCAAGAGCACCUCCACUAGAAAGGUUAUCCAGUCAUCCUCCAGCUUUGAGUCUUCGUCAGAUGGUUUUGAAGCCCUGCCAAAGGAGAUGAGGGAGAAAUUAAUGUUCUGUGACUCCGGUUUUGGCUCCACGAAGACCAGUACUUGUUCUUCGCCUGCCCCGAGUGAGGCUGGGUCCGAAUCUUCUCGUGUUUCGUCGACAAUGGAGUUUGAUUUAAGCAAGCGUCACCCAGUCAGGACAGAAGUGGCAUUUAACGUUUCCAAGCCAAGCCAGGGUAUGCCCCAACAGCCACAGCAAGGACAGGCCCCACAGAACCCUCCAAACUUCCAGCCUCACCCACAGCAGAUGCCACCACAGAUGUUCCAGGCAAUGCCGCAGAGUAUGCCCCAACAGUUCCAGCAGUUCUCGCCUCAGCAGCAUCAACAGUUCCAGGAAUUCCAGCAGCAGUACCAGCAGUCUCCCACCACCCCCGCAGUAUCAUUCUCCACCACCUCAGCCACACUUCCAGUCUCCUCCACCACAGUUCCCACAGUCCCCUCCACCACAGUCUCAAUUCCAGUCACCACCACCACCACCACAGUAUCAGUCACCUCAGCCGCAAUUCCCGCCACAGUCACAGUUCCAGUCACUACAACCACAAUUCCAGUCCCCAGCCAGUCGUGCAGCCAGCUACCGGAACGGGCAACCAGACUAGCAUCAGCGUGACGGAAGAAAACGGGAGGAGGGUGCUGACGUCCCAAACUUCGAACGUGGUGCAGGAAAAGGACGGAUACAAGGAGCACAAGGAGACCACUGCGGAGAUAACGGAUAAGGACUCGCAGGCGGCCAGACGGGAGGCCUCCACUAAGCUGUCAAAGGUCGAGGAAGAUCCGGAAGGGAAAUUCAAGCGGGCAGAGUCGACAGAUGCUGAAGAGUGUGAGCGAGUCUUGCAUCCAACACCUCCCGGAUGGAUCAGUCAUGUCCGUCAAGAAGAACUCCACCUCCUCUUCCUCCGUCAAGCAAUCGUUCUCAUCCACCACUGGGGACAUGGGUGGCUUCUUCCCCCCGCCUUCCUUUCCACAGGGUUUCGAUGACUUCCGGAACCUCAUGGGACGCGGCCACUCCCUCAUGUCCCAGAGAUCCACAGACUCUAUGGGGUCAACUCUUUCGGGACGGUCUGGGUUCUCCGAUAUGUCCGGCUUCUCCCAGUUCACCGACGCCUCCUCUCCCUUCUCAGACAUGUCCAAUUUCAGCAAUAUGUCUUCCUUCUCGCGUUCCAGGAAUGUGCAGCAGCAACAGCAGCAGCAACAACAACAGCAGCAGCAGCCUGGAAUGAUGCCACAAGAUUUUGGUUCUCCUUUCAUGAAGACGUUUUCCACUUCCUCUUCUUCCUCCACCUCCUCCUUCAACCAGUCCUUCUCCUCAAACUUCGGUGAUGGAAACUUUUAAUAUUUAUUGCGUCUCCCUUACUCUUUCUCCUUCAUCUAAGUUUAAGUAGCAAGCCAAGCCAAGCCAGCCACGCCACGCCAGAAAAUAUGUAUCGAAUUUUACAUAUUCCAAAACUUUAGCGUUGAUUUGCGUCGAAGCUUCAAAUCCAAGCUUAUUUUUGGCACAUUUAGAAGAGUCCCUCCCCCCAUCACUUCCCUUAGCCCCCAUCCCUCCCUCCCUCCUCCCCGGCCAAUCAAAAUGCAGCAGGAUUGAAAGAACGAUACUGAUUGGUCCAAAUGAGUGUAUGAGUUUUUCCCGUUUUCGUUGUGAUUUCUCCGUUUUCCUUCAUUGAUCAUUCAGUUGAUAUACACAGGAAGAAUAUACCAGAUCUCCCUCCUCCUCCUCCUCCUCCUCCUCCUCCUCCUCCUCCUCCUCCUCCUCCUCCUCUUCCACUUCCUUCUCCUCCUCCUCUUCCUUUUUUUUUCCCAUUGUUCCUGUUCCUUGACCGUAUCAUAUUACUCCUCCUCCUCCUCCUCCUCCUCCUCCUCCUUAUAAUCAAGCUUCAAAAUACGUGCAUUUGUGUUACGUCAAGAUAUCAGUACACACACACACACGCACACACACACACACACACACACACACACACACACACACACACACACACACACACACAUUUUUAAAACUAUUAUGAGAGAGAAAACGAUUAUUGCUAUAUAUAGAAAUAUAUAUAAAUAAAAAUGAUUACCUGUGUGUGUGUGUGUGUGUGUGUGUGUGUGUGUGUGAGAGAGAGAGAGAGAGAGAGAAAGUGGUGUUUGGCUCCCCCUCUCCCUCUCUCUUCCCCCUCAUAACAUAUUUCUUGUCCUGUUUUUCCUGUUUUGGUUCGACACCUUGCUAAAGACUGACCCUGAACACCCCUCCUUUCUUCCCCUUUCCUCUUCCCCUUCCCUUCCCUUUUUCCCCUUUCUUCGGAUGCCUUUUUAUUUACUUUUCCUAUUUAUUUACGCAGUUUUCCCUUGAUUUUCCUUUUUUUCCCUAUAUCCCAUCAGUUUCCUCUUUUCCUCGCCUCAUUACCACACAGAUCGUUAAUGUGUUUUCCCCUUACUCCCCCCUUCCCUAAUAUCUUUCCCCUCCCAAGCACUGAUUAAGUUUCCCCUCUGUUUUGCCCUCUCCCAUUGGUUUUCUUUCUUUCCUCAACAUCACAAAGACUGGAUUAGUUACCCCCUUCCUCUCCCCUUGUUUCCCUUUCGUUUCCCUUCCCUCUUCCGUCCCUCUCCCUUCUCCUUCCCCUCAACUUCCCCCUCAUCUAUAGAACUAAGUGGAUUUUCGAGUUUAGGUAUUAUUAUCACCGACAUUUUAUACAAGAGUAAUUCUUUGGAAUAAAUAAAAAUGUGCUCUUUGAAAA